AUGAACGUGUUGAAAAAUAUCGGAGCGGUUUGGAUAUCGUGUCGUUCCCUCGGGAGGCCCUGGCAUGAUGUGCGUGGCGCUUUUGCAGAGCGCGCGCACGCCGCGCCACAGUACUCGUACCACAGCAUGUUUGUGGCGGCGGCGGAGAGUGCGGCGCUGUGGCGUUGCAAGUCGUGCGGCAAGGAGGUGUCCAACCGCUGGCACCACUUCCACUCGCACACGGCCCAGCGCUCGCUGUGCCCCUACUGCCCUGCCACGUACAGCCGCAUCGACACCCUGCGCUCGCACCUGCGCCUCAAGCACGCUGCGCUGCUGCUCAAACACUGAGCGCCCACAGCCGCCGCCCGACCCCUACGGCGACCCACGACACCGACCCGCCCCACUACGACACCGAGUCGCGGGCCGUUUUAAUUUCCCAUUAUUAAUGUAGGUUUGUCAUUAUAUUGACGCGAUUUACAAUUAUCUUUGUGUACGUAGAUAUUAAUUAAUUUACCGCACGUUUUCGUGCCCUAUUUAUUGUUCUAUAGUGUAUGGUAAAUGUUGUCACUAACAGGGUAAAAUUUAUCGUGAACUGGAAGAAAUUUUGGAUAAUGUCAACAGUAAACGCCGAUUAACGGUAAGCUCUUAAUGUUGCGCUCUUAUGUAAAAUAACAUUUAUUAAUAUCUCGAAUUCAGUAUUAAUUAUCUGUGAAUAGGCUAAGUAUCUUCAACUUGUUUAUAGGCUUUUAACGGUUAAUCCGAAUUACAUUUUCCUAUCACUUACUUUGAGAUAUAUAAAAUAUUGCCAAAUAGUAUUCUUUGUCGUAAGCAGUAAGCUACUAACUAACAUGUAAAGUUAAAAAUUGAUUUUACUUUUUAAAGAUACACAACGACUUGUUAGCUUACAUUACAUUUUUGUUGCAUAAAGUGUGUAAUUAUGUACCUAUUUAGAAUAAAUUGAAGGAGACGAAAUGCGAAAGACUGAAACGGCAACAGCUUGUGAUUGGAAAUGAGAUGAAGACGUGAACUGUACAUACUAAAUUGUAAAUCAAAAUUAGCUAAAAACGUGAUUGUAACAUCUUGGCUCUAAAGUUCGUGUUCAAAAUUAAUUGAGAUUCAACACUUAAGUAAAUGUUGAGCCAUUUUAUCAAUAUCUAAGUAUAUUGUUUUAUCCCCAAAUUAUAUUUUUGUAAAAAUAUUAUCAGCAAAAUUUGCAUUAUAUUAAGUGUCUAGGUAUACUAGCUUAUAAAGGUCCAAUGUCGUUCGAAUAGGUAUGUAUAGUCAAAAUAUAUUGUGUAAAUGAUCGUGCUUAGUGUAAAUGUAAUAUUUGAAUAAUGGCAUUUAAUGUAAAUACUAUGAAUUUCAGAAUCUCUCAAUUAAUGAUAUUAUAUUCCGGUAUAGGUACCUACCUAAUCACUUCUUAAUCGAGUGGCAUAAAAUGAUAUAGUAUAUAGUAACUCAUUUACUUUUGUGAUAUAUUUUUAUUAAUUUAAUUACAGAAACUGUUUACUUCUUGGAGGUCUACUUGUUCGUUAUUUCAAAGUUAUUCUGACGCAGGCUUGGUAUAUGUUGAUCAAUGUUAGUGAUGUAGAAACGAUUACGUA